GCCCCGAGUGGGGCGGGUUUGCUGCUCACUCCUUCAGUCAGUCGCCUCAAGUUGGUCGGGCAGAAGAGAGCGAAGGAAGCAAAGCCAUGGAGAAGACCCGGCGGCCCGUAGUGGUGACUGGGUUCGGUCCAUUUGGGGAGUAUUCUGUCAAUGCCAGCUGGAUCGCAGUUCAGGAGUUGGAGAAAAUGGGCCUCGGAGAGGAUGUGGAUCUACAUGUCUACGAGAUUCCCGUUGAGUAUCAGGCUGUGCAGAGGCUCAUUCCAGCCUUAUGGAAAAAACACAGCCCACAACUUAUAGUUCACGUGGGACUGUCUGGCAUGGCCACAACGGUGACAUUGGAAAAAUGUGGCCACAACGUGGGAUACCGGGUUUUGGACAACUGCCACUUCUGCCCAGGUUCCGAAUGCUGCAUUGAAGGGGGCCCAGAAUGCAUUGAUUCGAUCAUCGACAUGGAUGCCGUGUGCAAGAGAGUCUCUGCAUUGGGACUGGAUGUCACAGUCACGAUAUCAGAGGAUGCUGGGCGGUAUCUAUGUGACUUCACGUACUACACUUCCCUGUACCAGAGCCACGGGCGAUCUGCAUUUGUCCACGUGCCUCCCUUGGGAAAACCAUACAGCGCAGAACAGCUGGGCCGUGCACUCCAGGCCAUCAUAGAGGAAAUGCUCAAUGUCUUAGAACAAUCUGAGAGCAACAUCAACUGUCACAACGAACAUUGAACUCGGGCCAAAGUCCCCGCCUCUUUACUUUCCUCAUGGUUGCACUUCCAAAAACGUUUUCUCCUGUUCUUACAGAAUCCCAAGCUGGCAGCGUCCAUGUAGAGGAUUGAGAACAGAAAUGGAUGCCUGGCACUCUUGAGGAGAUACAUUGUGGGAGAUCCUCCUUUGCUUCUCUUUCGAUUCCAGCCAAACUAGCUCUCGCUAACUUCUUGGGGUCCUCAUCGGUGGUUCAGGUCCUGCAAAGAUCGUUAAGUGGAUUGAGAGGAUCUGCCAGUUAAGGCAACUGCUCUAGUUGUCUGAUGUGCUCCAGUUCAAUUUCGCAAGGUCCUUGUGUUUUCAGAAGGACAAUUUGAUGGUUCCACUCAACAUGUAGCAGCGCUUUCGGUUCAAAAUGUAUGGACCCUCACAGGAGGUGCUAUUCCCUUUACAAGAAGAUGUAUUGUACAUUUGCUCCGGAAGCUUGGAAGAUUUUUUUUUUCUUCACUGCUUAAAACAGAUUCUUCCAAUUUAUAUGGUAGAGUUCUGCUCUUCAUGAGGAACGCUUGGGGAUGGAAAGAGAGGCGGGAACAUUUCCUUUAAUUGACACCUCAUGCCAAAUCUGUUGAUGGCUUCUUUUUUUAAAAAAUAGACCAGAUCUCUUUGGAUUUUGCCUUUCUUGAUUUCUGUAGCCACCCAUUGGUCUGAAAUGUAGAACUUCUCGCCUGCUGGCUUAAUGUGCCGUAGGAACUGGCCUCUUCCCUCCCACCCACCCCAAAUAGCCCUACCAUAGCUAUCUUUCCCAGUGCCUCAAAAUGAGAUGUUCCUCAAAUAUCCUUUUGUACCUUAGGAAAAUAACACGGUACAUAUCCUUUUCUAAACUUUUCUGCUCUGCUGGGGAGGGAUGAGACUCUGGAUCAAGGUUAGGAUUUUGGCUUCUGCUUUUGCUAGGAAAAGGGGGUGAAGAGUUGCUGGCACCAUCUCCUGCCUGGUGAAAGCCUCUUUCGCUUCAGCUCCAGUUUCUGGGCAAAAAUGCCCAUGAUUUCUUCAGCAGAGUAGUUCUCCAGGAAUUUCCCCUGGGCUCUCCCCUCCGUUAUGCUUACCCAACAGUGGCCCUUGCCAGCUCUGUAGAAAACAAUGCUGCACUUUUUACCUACAUGAGAUUAGAGUAUAAUAUACAUUCAAAAGAUUAAAGACUGUGGGGUUUUGUUUUGUUUUUUUCUUUUAAAACGAGCAGUGUUCAACUUCACUCUAAACAGGGAGACUUUGGGGAUGAAGCAGCAGGAAGCAACUUGUAUGGCAGAAUGGAGACUCAGCCACUCUAUAAUCUUGGACAAUGGAAUUGCCCGAUAAAACUGAAAAGAGAGCAACUUUUGCUAAAAAUGUUCUGGUUUAAAAUGAAACUGGUUCUUCUUUGCUGUAAAAUCAUUCUUUUUUGAAUCCCUCUUUCUCUCCCUCCCUCCCUCCCUCUCCCUCUCUCUCUCUUUAAACUAAUUGAUCCUGCUUUUAUAGUAACUCUCAGUGAGAGCUGCCUUGUGCUUGUCGGCUUGCUAAACCCAGUGGUAAUCUGGUUGCAAGACAAAGGGCUGCUGGAAUUUGAAUGCGUGGCCGUAUUUUGAGACAGUCUUACAUGAACCUCAUCUGUACCCCUUUUCGGGUUGCUAAAGUUGCUCUUAAAACUUGUUUGCACACCAGCCUCUUACACUUGCAUUCAAAUUCCAAGCACCUUUGGGUGUAGUAAGUCAGCCAACUUCUUCUGUUUCAUUUAAUAAUUUAUUUUAUUUAAUAUUUUUUUUGUCCAGAUGUGAUGACCUCUGUGCUUCCCCUCCCCCCCCGGUCCCCACUCUAGCAAAGGUGGGGUCACGGCAUAGAGUCUGCAUUUGUUUUUUAGAUUUGCAAGCAGUCUUCUUCCUUGGAACACUUUGUAAGUAAGAUGGCAAACUGUGCAAGGGGCCUUUUGCCCCCUUUUCUUAAAAAAAAAAAACCCACACACAAACAGCAACGAUGCAAUUUGAGGAACAGAGGGCUGCUGUUUUUAGUUCUAAUAAAGUGUAGCUGUGAAAUUU